UGGCAGCCAUGGUGUGCGGGCAGUGACUGAGGCGGCCGGCCCGGCGCGGCGCGGCGCGGCAGCAUGUCGGGGCCGAGCGCCGUGUCGGACCCCCAGCACCCGGCGCGGCUGCUGCGGGCCCUCAGCUCCUUCCGCGAGGAGAGCCGCUUCUGCGACGCGCACCUGGUGCUGGAGGGGGAGGAGAUCCCGGUGCAGAAGAACAUCCUGGCGGCCGCCAGCCCCUACAUCAGAACAAAAUUGAAUUAUAAUCCUCCAAAGGAUGAUGGCUCGACGUACAAGAUUGAACUUGAAGGGAUAUCUGUUGAUAUCAUGAAAGAGAUACUAGAUUACAUCUUCAGUGGGCAGAUCAGGCUAAAUGAAGAAACUAUCCAAGAUGUGGUACAGGCAGCUGAUCUCCUGCUGCUUACAGACUUAAAAACUCUCUGCUGUGAGUUUUUAGAAGGUUGCAUAGCUGCUGAGAACUGUAUUGGUAUUCGGGACUUUGCACUGCACUAUUGUUUGCAUCAUGUUCACUACCUUGCCUCAGAGUAUCUGGAAACUCACUUUCGAGAUGUCAGCAGCACAGAGGAAUUCUUGGAACUGACUCCUCAAAAACUGAAAGAAGUGCUGUCGAUGGAAAAGCUCAAUGUUGGAAACGAAAGAUAUGUCUUUGAAGCGGUGAUUAGAUGGAUUUCUCAUGAUUCAGACUCGAGAAAGGUUCACAUGAAGGAUGUCAUGUCAGCAGUGUGGGUUUCCGGCUUAGAUGCGGCGUAUUUACGUGAGCAGAUGAUGAGCGAACCACUGGUACGGGAGAUCGUCAAAGAAUGCAACAAUAUUCCCCUCACGGCGCCCCAGCAGGGAGAGGCGAUGCUGGCCUCCUUCAAGCCCCGGGGCUACUCGGAGUGUAUAGUGACUGUUGGUGGAGAAGAACGAGUAUCACGGAAACCAACCUCAGUGAUGCGGUGUAUGUGUCCUCUUUAUGAUCCCAAUAGACAGCUCUGGAUUGAACUUGCUCCUAUGAGUAUUCCAAGGAUCAAUCAUGGAGUAUUGUCAGCAGAAGGAUUUUUAUUUGUGCUUGGUGGUCAGGAUGAAAACAAGGGAACGCUAAGCUCUGGAGAGAAAUAUGAUCCAGAUACCAAUUCAUGGAGUUCCUUACCACCAAUGAAUGAGGCACGGCAUAAUUUUGGUGUGGUAGAGAUUGAUGGAAUUCUGUACAUUCUGGGAGGCGAGGAUGGUGACAGGGAGCUAAUCUCUAUGGAGAGCUACGACAUUUAUAGCCGGACCUGGACUAAGCAGCCAGACUUGACCAUGGUUAGAAAGAUUGGCUGCUAUGCAGCUAUGAAGAAGAAAAUCUAUGCAAUGGGUGGAGGCUCCUAUGGAAAGCUCUUUGAAUCUGUUGAGUGUUAUGACCCUAGGACUCAGCAAUGGACAGCAAUCUGCCCUCUGAAAGAGAGAAGGUUUGGGGCAGUGGCCUGUGGAGUUGCCUCUGAGCUUUAUGUAUUUGGCGGGGUCAGGAGUCGCGAUGACAGUCAGGCCAGUGAGAUGGUGACGUGCAAAUCUGAAUUUUAUCAUGACGAGUUUAAAAGGUGGAUUUAUCUAAAUGACCAGAACCUGUGUAUCCCAACUAGUUCUUCUUUCGUGUAUGGAGCUGUGCCCAUUGGAGCCAGCAUAUAUGUGAUUGGAGAUCUCGAUACAGGUACAAAUUAUGACUAUGUUAGAGAAUUUAAAAGGAGCACGGGAACCUGGCAGCGCACUAAACCACUGUUUCCAUCGGACCUCCGCCGUACUGGCUGCGCAGCUUUGCGGAUCGCAAACUGCAAGCUCUUCCGACUGCAGCUUCAACAAGGAUUAUUCCGCAUCCGCGUACCUUCUCCGUGAUCCAUAUGCUGACAGUGGAGGAGACUGGAAGAAUUCUGCGCAGUCCACCAUAAUAUAGCUCUAUAUAAAGGAAAAGCUGAGAAAUUACAGCUGAAACUUACACUGUAUGCUGUGCUUUGGUAUGGUAACUGUUUUUGUUUUAAAUGCUUAAAAAGCUUGAGUCUCAGUUCUUGUUUUGGGAACAAAUAACUUAAGUAUACAUUAAAAAGAAGAGAGGGGGGGAAAAUAAAAGGGGGGAUCGAGGAAACACCUUCAUUCGUAACCAUUUGGAGUUUAAGCCGUGUUAUUGAAGGAGGUUUUUUGUGUCUGAAACUGGUGGGAAUUGAUAUUACUUUGGCGAAGUUUAUUGAAAAGCAAAAAAAGAUUUAAGAUGCGUUUCCCCUGAGGGGAACUGAUAAGAAUAAACGUGCUAUCUUGGACUGGAUAGCUAUAAUACACAGAAGCUAUACGAUAACCAACCUCCCUGGUACGCUGCAAAGACUGUUGUUUGCCCGUAAUGCCAUAGGAGAUGUUGGUUGGUGCACCUUUUAUUUCUAGUCCUUCCUCAAAAGUUAAGGUCUGUGCCUAAAAAUGGUGGAGGUGUGUACAUACGGUUUUUCAUUUAUUUGCAAUGUUUUCAUUCCUACAAAUAUUUUUAAUAUAUUUAAAAUGGACUAAUCUGAAAUGAAUACAGUAUACUAGAGAAGUAAACUGUUUUUUCUAUGCUGUCAUUUGAAUAGCCUGAUGAACUGGUGUACAGGCGGGUGGCAUGCGUUUCUGUGUGGGCUUUGGCGGCUGUUUCCUUGAAGUAAAAAGGGAAACAGCGUUUGGAACAGUUAAUGAUGAUUGCUGCUUUUGGUAAAAGACAACAAAACUUGACAAACGGGAGAAAAUGGGUUGUGUUCCUUUUUACUUCAGAUCGCUUGCAAACUAAGAACGGUUUUUAAGACUGAGGAUUAUAAAGUUGCAUCUUAUCUCUACUAGAACAAAGGUGAAAUAUGACAAGGAUAUAUUUGUUUUGCAGAAAACAUGAUUUUCGGAUUGUGAGUUAAGGAAAAUUUGUACAGCGACUUUAAAUUGGGAUCAAAAGUUGGUUUACUAAUGAUUUCCAUGCUAAGGUACAGUCUUGUUUACUGCUGUCUGACUUUGAAAGCUGGGGUUUAUUGUGUGGUUAUAGUGAAGAAUUUAGUAUCUUGCAUUUUAUUUCUUACUAAGUCUUGUUCACAUCAGUAGCGAUAUUUAAUUGACUUCUGUUCGUAGUCAAGAUCAGCUGGUAGAACACUUUUACCUCAAUUUUUAAUUUCAUUAUUGUUGUGAUGGGUGGGAUGUAACCUGUAUUUAUUUAAAAGGAAUAAUGAGAGACGGAAAUAGAAAUAAGACCUCCUGCCCUUCAGAAAAGGAGACUUUGUAUAACCAGUAUUAGAACUACAUACAAUACUUUCCACUCUGCAACUCUGUGGACCUCAGACAAGCCAAUCUCUGCCCUCAGUUGUGUUCGUGUAAACAUUUGUCGUCUUUACUGAAUCAUCGUAGGUAUGCUGAAAUACAAUCCCAGACCAGUACAAAAUAGUAAUAUUUCACUAAAUAUUCCUUGAAGAGACGUUCUGAAACUUCAGCUCAGUCCUUCCAUAGCACUGGUGUAUGGUUGGGAUUACUCUGAAUCUGAGCGAAGGGAGGGAAGAGGGCAGCAGCCAAUCUAUUGACCAUUAUUUAUUUUUUUUUAUUUUUUACAAUGCUGAAGUGCUGCAAAACUUGAACUAUAUACAUCAAUUUUCUGACCUAUAUUAGUUGGCAUAUUGAAAAGUUUAUAUAUUUAUGCAUUGCAGUAAACUUGGUGUGUGUAUAUAUAUAGUCUGUAGAUUUUAAAUUUAUAUAUAAUGCUUUACUACAGAAAUGUGAACCACUAUUUCCAUCCUUGGCUGUCUUGUGAAAUAAAUCAAGUGCUGUUAGUUUAUCUGUAAAACUUCCCUUUUUUGAAAAUCUUAGAUUGUUCAAUUUUUUUCUUAGACAAAGUGCCAAGAUCCCACGUUCAAAAGUGAUGAAUGUUUCUAAGUAUCUAUUUCACUUUUGAGCUCAGUUUUCUAAGUGGCUUAGGAAACUUUGAAAAAUGUUAUUCAGAAUAUUGCAGGCUGCUAUCUCUUGAGUCCCUGUAGCUUCCCAGUACACUUGAGGGCAUUCAGCAUCCAGAAAACCUAAGUAAUAAAUGCACAUAAUAGAUCCAAGUCAUGUAUACUCUAGCAGUGUUUUGCAGUUAAAGUUAUUGAACCAAAUGUUUACACUUAAAGUAGGAUUAACAAUAGGUAUUCUUACUGUUUGUGUUUUUUUUAACAUAAGUAAACCGAACAAAUCUGCUGGUAAUUGGAGUGUGUUGUGAAUGCACUCGGUGAGCUGUGACCAAGGAGUUUUAAGCGUCUUCACCUGAAACAGUUACAAAGUUAAUUUCGUAGCACGUGUGUACUAUCACUUACUGUAGGUUGGUGGCCGGGGACCAAGUCCCUGGAGAUGCUGUGUCCUGGAGUUCUGGGUGCAUGCUUGAGCUGACGGUGUAAGCCCUGCUGAGAUCUCAAAACUGGCUUCCUUGGCCUUGCUUCAUGGGGGUGGGGAUCAUUCCCCAGCUGCGUUGUCUGUGGGGCCGGUCGGGGACACGCUUUGGCCUGUGUGUGUGUAGGGUAGGAGGGAAGGGGUUCGUCUCCCGGGGUCUGACUCGUGUCUGUCUGUCGGUUCUGAUCUGCACGCCCGGUGACUCGUGCAUCUCUUGGGAUGUGCAGUAACCAGGUUCGAUUGCCUCCCGGUUUGGAGCAAGGCUUUGAAGCCAAGGCUCUCCUUUCUCCAGGGAGAGCCUGGUGGUGCAGGUGGUGGGGUGUGAGCGGGGGAAGCAGACCUCUGGCUUUCCUUGGGAAAGGGACGGUCAGCUUCAGCAGCGGAGGAAGGCUUGGACGCCAGAGGUGCUGAGUGGAGGCAGGUCACCAGCUGCCUGGGUGUGUUGGGCGUGUGAACAGCUGGAGACUGAACUGGGCUCGCUGGUCCCUGCCGCCACCCCAGCUGUCCCUGCCUUCCCGGCAGCUGUGCACCCCUGCAUGUGGCGGCUGGACCACAUGGGAAGCGACUCGAGAAUUUUUAGAGUUUGCAAUCCAGGGGUUUUAGGUGGUUUGGCAGUUCAGAAAGUGAAGUUGUCCUUGCUUGGCACAGCGGCCUUAAUUCCUUCCAGCUUGUGAAUCGGUGCUCAAAUUCAGCCAGUUCCUCCCAAGGUGACUUUUUGAAUGAUUUGCUUAGCCAGCUGGUGUGCACUCUGCUGGCUUCCAAGCGUCAGGAUUCGAGGCACCUUCCUUACUGCUUUACCAAACCGGGUGCCUCGCUGGGGCCGUGAGCUCAUCACGGUGUUGAAAUGCCGAUGUUUUGAGCCCAGUGUCUGUGUUGCUGAGGAGCGCUGCUGGGUUGGUGCCUACCACACCUGGGGUCGGGGCUGGGUCCUGGGGCGCAGGUCUCGAGCGGUUGCAUCUUGAGCCAAGCUCAGCUCGAGGACCGGCUGGGUCACGCUGCAGGCGAGUGACUUGGGUUGGGGCUCUGCGUCCUUUCCUCCCCCCUGCUGUAGAGCCAGACAAACCCCAGCCAUUGUAAUCAGAAAGUCACCGCAUACAAGGUAGGGAAGUUGGGGGGGGGGGGAGGGAAAAAGAGAUAAUACUAUAAGCACACAACUGUCCUCAGUGCUUGUUUUACACGUGUAGUCUAGUGGCUGCCCUGCACAGCAGAAAGGGUGAUUUCAGGAGCAAAGGUAUAAAGUGCUGUUGCUCUCACAAAAUAAAUCUCUUGGGUUUCUUAAGGAGGCACACACCUGGCCUGGUGAGAUCUUUGUAUUCCUAAAGAGUCAGUGUUGGACUUCAAAGGCUUAUCGUUUCUGUUUCUAUAACCUGAAAAAGAGGCAUCCCCAAGAGUCUUCUGGUUUGUUACACCGCGGCAAGGGCUGCCUGUCCUCAAAGAGUGUAUCAGCUGUUCCUGAAGUUUUAGUUAUUGUGGAAGUGCUGUAUCAACCAGCUGUUCCUGGUCAAGUGACUUGCCGUAGCUUUGAGGGUACCUCAUCUUUAACUUGAAGGCAAAUUAAUACGGGAUUACACAAAAGGAUAGUGGUGAAUCUGAAAAGAAAGGCGAAUGUACGAGACCAGCUCACCGUUAGCUGUGGGCAGGCUCUAUCCCUGUCCGCUUUGGACUGCAUGAAGCUUGCACGUCACACAGCCUGCCCUCUGAAGCCGAGUUCUUGCUGAAAAUACGAGCUUUUUCUUCAAAGCUACUGAAGCGCCUGGCUUGCUUUACAAACUCCCCUUCCAGAAAACACCAGGCAGCUUCACUUCUUUUUUGCAGUACUUCUUACGCCUGCAUCGCUUGGUAAAUGCACAAGUACAAACAUGAGGGCUUUAUGGAGGGUUUUCCCUGUUUUAACUGCAGUUUCUUUGGCUGGUUCCACAAAUACUGUGCCCGUACAGCCUGCAUGGGUUUUGGUAACGUGCCAUGCAGAGCGCAGGAUGCAAUAACAAACACAAGAUGCUACAAGUGCCAAACUUUCGGUUUCCUCUGUAUAUAACAAUAAUUCAGCUGUUCUAUUAAAAUACAGAGAUGCUUAAAAUUCACUGUGUUCCAAAAAAGAGCAGUGUUUUUUGUUGUUGGGUUUUUUUUUAAUGAAUGCUAUUUAAAACACUGUAAAUCUUUGUUUUUUUAAUACUGUUCUGCAGGUUUGUGUUACUCUUCACAGCUGCCUUGAGGCAUCACCCCAUGUGAUGCGUAUGGACACUUUGCUUGUUAUUAGAGCAGUAGUGCCAUGCAAGUACGUAACAAACGGCAGCUGACAACAGGUUUUAGUAUUUAAAAAGUGUAAAUAUUUAGAUAAAGUGCAACUCAUUUGCAUUUAUCGUAUCUGCAGAAGGAAGGCUGUGUCUCAGGAAGUGUGACUACCCCGGGACACAGGCAUACUGAAGAGUGUAACUAAGGUAUGUUUUGGUGCCACUCACAGCGAUGCUUUGCAAAGAGUUAUAAUUAAUUUGGGGUGCAGAUUCUUUCUGCCUCUAAUGUUAGCAUCAAGGUUUUGGGGUUUGUGUUCUCUUAACUCUUUGGAGUACUUAAACAGCUUCUUCAGGUGGGUGGGAGGGGAGUUACAUACAUUAUAUACAUGUUUAUUUUGCAGUUAGAAGCUAUUUCCGUCUGAGUAUUUCCUUUAACCGUUAAGGAACGAGUACGGGCCUGCAUUUCAGUCGUCAGUCGCGUAGCCUUUUGACAUUUGCUGCUUUCUGUUGCUUUUCCUUGUUUGCUGAUGGAGUUGAUUGCUGCGUCAGUAGGGUCCGUGUUUCCUUGGCACGCUACUUGUGAAAGCAAAGGAAGGAGAUCUGCCUGGUCCCUUCAGAGUGGGAAGGUGAGCCAGUCAAAGCUGAUUCGGAGGUAUUGCUGUAAAGCCAGUAAGAUUUGGGUGAAGCAUGGCUCGUUUUCUGGAGAGGUCACAUCUGCGUGCUCUGAAGUUUUAUUGGUCGGUUGGGCACCUACUCUCCAGCUCCAGCAUCCCUGUGGUUUUUGUUUGGUCUUUUUUUCUGGGCAGUUCCUUGCUGUAGGAAGGAUUACAGCCAGGCUUUAAGGUGACAGCUCUGAUCAGCCGUGCCCUGCAUGGUUCUGUAAUCCUAACUGCUGUUAUACUCCACUAAUGAAUUCUGUCAGAUUUUUGAUUAACAGGUAAGCUAAAAGAAUAGACUAAACCCAUGCAAAAUGCCUGACUAGAUAAGCACCUGCUAAAAAGGGUUAAGGAUAAUAGGACAAUUAAACUAUAAAAAGCUACCAACAGGUGAUUGUUGUAGAUCUAUUGGUGAUACAAAAUCUUAAAGAUAUUUUUUAAAAUGGCUUAUUCUAGGUAGCUGCUUAGGAGUUAUAGAAAUAAUUAAAAUACAUAGAGUAUUUUAUCUAGAAAAAUAUUUGAAGGUUAUUUGAAAUAAUUAUUGAAGUGUCUUGAAAAGUGAGCUGGAAGAUUGGAACUUUUCAUUGUAAAAGGCUGAACCUUUGCAGGGUUUCAUGUGAAUAAUGAACACCUGCCAGAGCACAUCAAUAAAUGAACACGCUCAAUGCCGUUGCCUACCUAUGCCCUUGACUUUUCCUAAUGAAACGAGACUAUGCUGAGCCCUUGUAAAAAGGUGGUGGAUCUGAUUACAAUAAUAGGAUAGAAAAAAGCAUCUCCAGUGUAAGUAACAUUAUUGAUAAAAUGUGAACAUGCAGGGUUUUUUUUAAAUACUAGGUGGUUUUGAAUCGCCACCUAAUGCCCUUGAUAAGACAUCCUCUGGUUUUGUCAAGGGCAAGUUUAUUUUAUCUGUAGUUUUAAACCCAGUGGGAGCCUGGAAGGUGCCACUGAAGCAGGCUGUGCAGUGGGCUGCUUUUACAAGUGUAAUUUCUGUGCAUUCUGUUAGCAUGCUGCCACCUCUACCUAUUUCAGAAGAGGGAAAAAAAACAACCAAAACACCCGUGGAACAAUAUUGCACCUGAUGAAAGCAAGAGCCAAUUUGUAAAGUCUAAAUUUCAGUAUGCGAUAGGCAGCGUGCUACAAAAACCUUAUCCCUGGCUGUUUUUGAGUUUCUCACCUUAAUGCUGUCACAUGCUAACGCUUCAGCAAGGCAGCAUCUGUGUUACUCAUUCACACGUGAUAGCAGGAAAGCAUUGUUGUCUUUGUCGCUUGUUUUGGGGUUUUAAAAAGCAAAGUCUGCUUAAUUAUUAGAGUAACCGGUACACUGGGGUGUCUGGCCACGUGGUCAGAUUGAACAGAGCUGACAUUCUUUAAAGCUCUUAUUAAAGUUUCUUUCUGAGGGGAAGCCAAGGAGUACUCUCUUCAGAAAUACUUUCAAACUCUUCCAGAACUAGUCUUAAACCAGUCCAAAGGACUCUUCUGAUUUGCUUAGAGAAACCGGGAUCUGUUCUAGCUUUUGUUUGCUUGGGGAAACAGCUGCGAAGUCAAUUCUAAGCACUGUUGGGGUUUUUUUUUCUCCCUGACUUCCAAAACCUAAUUAUUUGCUUCUUGUAAUCAAAACGUUUUUGUAUUAAAGGGUCUGAGUCUGUAUUUUGCAAUGUGCGCUGAGUAUUCUGUCGUACCCUAGUGCAGUCGAUGCAACCAGCAAGCUGUGUUCUGGUGGGCUCCUAGAAGGCGGCAGCGUUACAGUGUUGAUGGGGGAGGAAAAGUACCAGUAAAACAAGACUCCCUUACACUGCACAUGGCCUUGCCCUGUGGAUCUGAUGGGGCAAGAGGCUGGUGUUGGCACAGAGCUGGUGUAGUUGCCACCCCUUGCUGCCCUCUGUGUUUGGGAAUGUGGCUGGGACGUUGCCCAGCUGCAGACAUCGGGUGCCAGAGGGGACUCGAGGCUGUGGCUGGCUGGCUAGGAAUUGACCCCAAAGCCCUGUCAAACCAACAGAUGCAGAUUCCUGGGCGUACCCCAUGCAUAGUGCUGCUUUCUAGUCCUAGUUGUUUUGUCUUUCGCUCUUACUAACAGGAUUUUGCUUUUACUCUUGCCCCAAAUUUACUCCUGAAUGCGUUGCUUUUGCCGACAGUUGCUAGGGAGAGCUGCUGCGGGCUGGAGGACGUCCACACAAAGGGCUCUGUGCGCUGGCUUUCUGCACGUCUCUGCAUCCUUUAAACUCCCCUUGGUGUAUGUGGGGACAGUGCCUAAUACCCAUUGAAAUGACUUUUCAUCAAGCUUGUAAAACUAGUAUCGGCAGGUUAGAGAUCACCUGAAGAUCUGUAUGCAGCCCUGUAGGUAGAGCAUGGGUAGCCCACUCCCACGUGUGAGCAUUACUAGUGGCUGGAAGUCUGCCCCCUUGUCCGUGGGGAAAAGCUCCUGUUCCCAGCUACCUCAUUUUUUUUUUCUUUGCACUUUGUCAAAUCUUUUUGUUGUUUUCUUUUAAAUUGCAUUUUGUCCUUCUAUGAAAAACGAAAAGCAGACAAGAAUCAGGGCAGAAUGAUGCCAUUGUCCAAGGACAGUUUAAUUUCAUUUUAAAUGCGUAUUUCUGUACAAAAAGACCAAGGUUGACCUGCAGCUGCUGUAAAAAGUAAAUAAGAAUUUAUAUUACUUGAAAGUCACUAUUAUACUUGUAAAUGUGAGAAGCGAUUGAAAGACUGUCCUGAGAAUUUUUAAAUAGGAAAAAAUAUGUUUAAAACCACAGAAGAGACUGCUCUUUUUAAGGACAGAUCAGAUAGUUUUUUAUCUGUCUCUGCGCUGCACUGUUUUGCCUGCGGACUUGAUCCAUUAUCUCAAUAGAGAGAUUCACUGCUUUUUCUGUAAUGUCUCAUCUGGAUUAUUUUUUUUUUUUUUCACGGAGUUCCUCAUUUAUUCACCUACAGAGGAAAAACUGUCCAAAUAAAUACCCACCUUCUGUACCUGAAAUGAUGUAUUUGCCCAUUUCUUUGGGAUCUUCAAGUAUGCAGAGUUUUGCUUAGCUUGAAGAAAUUUUUUAAAAAAAGUUUUCUUCUGCUUCUAAAGGUGCUAUUUUGACAUAUUUUUGAAUUCCUUACCACUGUGCUUGACGACUUAAAGUAUUUAUGUAAGCUGAUAAUCAGCUCGUGUUUGUUCUCUGGGUUUUGUUGGGUUUUUUUUGAGUAUUUUUUUUUUUUUUUAAAAAAUCCCUUUUCAUAAAGACAGAUUCUGAACUGUCAAAGGCCUUAACAAUACAAAAUGUAAUGGGAAAGGGAGAACGCUGCCUUUUUUCUUUCUUUGUAAAGGAAAAACCAAGAAAUGCUUCAUGGGGAACAUUUUCCUUUAAAAUUUUAAGUAGCGGCUCAUAUUAAGGUUGAAUUAAAUGUAGCAAACAUUUUACUGGCCAUGCACAAAUAGGAGGGAUAAAACAAGGAGCUAUUCAUGUCUCUGCAGACUGUACCAAUUAGCUGCUAAUUCCAGAGCCUUCUAUUGGCAUCGUGGUGGCUAUUCCAUAAAUAUUAAUCUUCUUGGGCUGAGUCCCAGGAGCUGGCGGUGUGUCUGGGACGUGCUGACCUGUAUGACUGUCAGAGCAUGGGGAUGCUGGGCCAGGUGUGGGUUUUGCCUCGCAGCUCGUCUGUUCAGCCCGUGUUUGAGGCACGGCGCGUGGCUGGCAGGUCCGUGCACCCUGGAUGGAGGGGUGGAAGGAGGGAAGGUAGAAGGACUGCUGCCAUCGCUAGACUGACACCAGCUUGGCAGAUCUGAGGAGAAGAUUCUUGCAGAUGCAAGCCGUGGAGCAGAGGAGCUGAAUUCUAGUUGUGUCUGGGAUACUUCGUUGUCCUUAUUGUGCCCGUUAAUUUGGAUCAUCAGUUCGGUGUAGGGUUUUGGUAACUUAAGAUUGCUAGAAGUUUUUCAUUUUGUGGAGGACGUAAAAGCUCUUACUCCUGCCCUGUCUGAAGCCGCAGGGAGGAUUGGGGGGUGAUAUUUGAACUUGUCCCCUCUCCAGGCAUCAGGCUGCAGCCUUUUCAUAGGCUUCACAGUCCCGGUGGUGUAGCAUUUCCCAGUCUUGUUAAUCUGAGAGCCCUUUAGCCUUUUGAAAAGAGUCUAGAGACUGCCUUGUCCUUCUCCUACCUCACAUCUCAGGUGCUGCCCUCUGGACCAUCCAAACUUCUCCAGACUUGUUGCCCAGGAACCACAGGCUGGUGGCCUUCACAAGGAGUACCUGUGUUACCUGCAGCACUGGCUGAAAAACAGCCAAUAAAUGAGGGACCAUACUGAGCUUGCAAACCCUUGAUGCUCUUAUUUUAGGGACGGCUGAGGAGUGGCACUGUUCAUUGCCAGGCCUGCGCGGAGUCUGAGCCUUGCAGCUGCGCCCUGGCAGCGUGGGUAGGGAUGAGUCCACCCUGACUCUCACGUAAGGGUAAGGUAUGAAGGUUUAUGGUAGAGUGUUACAGGAGAUCUCGUACAUUACGUUUGUUGUAUUUAAAUCUGAAAAUAUUGGAGGCUCUGGAAAUACUUCUGCAGGGUGGAACAGCGAGUGUUGGCCUAAGUAACCAGGGAGUUCCUGGCCAUCUGGUUUUCCCCUCCAGUUUUUGGUAUGGUGGUUGGGGUUUUUGUGUUUUCUUUUUUUUUUUCUAUCUUUCUUUCUUUGAGAAAACAGGAAUGUGUAAGUGCUUCCCGGUUUGUAUGCUUACUGUUUAAUAAUCUGAAGUGGGAGCCUGACAAGCUGAGAUUGUUUUAAGGAAAAAGCAAAAUUUCUUCACGUUAGAUGCUCUUCCUUCAGAGUUUUCCCUCUGUAAACCAUGUUUAUUGAGUACUAUGAAUUUUGUAGGAUUGUGCUAAAGAAUUGAAUAUAGUAUAUGAAUGAUGACUAAUAUACCUAGCCUUUGUACUGUACACAUACUCUAUUUUAGCAUAAGAGAAUGAGAUUAAUUACAUUGAUUAAUCCAAUUAUGAUGUGUGUAUUCUACGAACCAAGUAAUAGGAGGGUGUUGGAAUGUAAUGCUGCUGCUCUCGUAAAGGCUCAGCAUUCUGUCAAAUCCAAGAUCUUGAUAAUUACCAGGAUAUUGUUAGAAUACAUUGCUGCUUUUUCCACAAAAAAUAUGUCAGUGUGGUAUGGUAGAAACACUCACCUGGGCUUGUUUACCAUCGCUGGCAUGCAGCUUGACAGCAAGGUUUAUUCUCAUCAUCCAGCUGUCAUGCUUUGACUUCUGUAUUACAGAUGUGUUUACAGGCUUUUUAUGUGUGUAUGUUUUCUGUGGAUCUUUUGUGCUUUGUGUGGGAAUGGGGUUUUUGCUUUUAUUUAUGUGCCCACCCCAGCUUCCUGUGUUGCUUUAGAAAUGAGUCCGUGAAUUGCUUGGGGCCAGGCUUUGGAAUGCUCUGACUUGGGCUUGUUGAGUUACUUCUGUUAAAAACAGGGAAAAAUAAGACAUGAGUGCUCUUUGGCCUCAAUCAAACUAUGCAAUAUAGCGCACCAGAGAGCUGAUUCCUUGUGACACAGAAGACACACAGCUCUUGUGUCCUUCCAAAUGUAGUCCUUGGUCCAAGGUUAGGAGGACUUGUACUCAGUGGCUGCCCAAGAAUCCUGCAUCCACAUCAACUGCUGUUCACUGGUUUUCCUCCUUCCCCCCUGUCAGUUUAUUAGGUGUUCUGAUGCUGAAUGAUGUGCUAUCAAAGUGUAUCCCUCCUGUCCGUCUCGUAUUGUUGUCAGUUGUAGCUUGUCUUGUAAACCCACCAGUGUGGCUUACCUGCUGGAGUAUAGGGGCCACUUUAUGACACUUGCAUCUCUUUGCUCUAGAGCGUGUCAGGCAUUUUGAGUUUGCCAUGCCCCUCCAGAGAGAUGUAGGUCUUGCUUUUUAUGUUCCUGUGUUGUUCAGUUGUGGAUCUGGUGCUUACGGUAAAGAAUACCUUUGAUGUCUCGAAUCCAGUCCAAGUAAGUUUUCAUUUCCACUGCUAUGUGAGUUUGGUUUUGCUGCUUCCAUGGCAAUUCAGGGAUAAAUGCCCAUGUGGUUGGGGCUGCUGGUAAAGGUUCUUUGUUCUCCCGUUGCUUCAUUUUUCCAGUGAAGUUUGUUCCUUGUGUUCCUCUUCUUCCCGCUAUUAAAUGCUAAGAAAACUGGUCCACUGUUUUCCCCUGGUUCUGCAUCCUAUGAGUAGCUCGUAUCUACCAGCUGACGAUGUCUUCUCACCUUUACGUGUGUUCUUCUGCAUAGCUGGCCUAUAUUUCUCAUUUACUUAACCCACCUUGUACCUCGUACCGCUUCUCCCUCCAAACUCCAUUUGCUGUUCUGUCUUUCUUUAAGUCAGGUUAACCUCGAUUUAUUUCCCUGAUUUCAAAAAGGGAUUUCAGUACAUAGCACGGGAGACAAACAGGAAAUCUCUCUGCGGGUGUCUGUGUACGUUCAUUCCCUCCCCAGCACAUACAGUGUAAGGGCCUUGUUCAGCCUGGUCCGUUCCUAACCCCAGGUUUUCUUUCCCUAGUGCUAGGCAGAACAAAGUCUGAAGGCUUUCCUUAUUUCUUUUGGUAAUUGAAAAUAUUUGGAGAUUUUCUUCUUCAGAAGUAGCCACUGCAGAUGAGCAGCUGGCAUGAGAGAGGGUUGUUAUGCUUCCAUAUUCAGUAUUUUUAAUUGAGGAACAAAUAAUUUAUUUUGGGGAAAAAAUGUAAAUUUUUUUGUAUUUGUAUGUCAAAGUGGCCUUUAUAGGAAAAGCACAUAAAAUAUUUAGAUUAAAAUUGCUUAGUUGUGUAAUUUUAGUGGGGAUUUUUGUAUUGACAGGGUUUCUAUGCAUUUUUCAAAAUAUACUUGCUGUUUUGUGUUAGAAUUAUCGGAAAUAUUUUUAAAAACGUGUAUUACCACAUUUUCCAUGGUUGAUCCCUUUACUAUCAUUCCUUUUGAAUACUGCAAAGAUUUUAAUUAACCCUGUAAAUUAAUUUUCCCCCACAAAUAUUUGCAUUAAGUCAAUGUAAUGAGUUAUAGCAUGGGUAUGUAGCUUUAAGGGAAUAAGCCUAAUAGUUUAGCUUAAUUAUAGAGAGAUCUUUUUGGAGAAGGGCAGUAUGCAGUGUUUCGAUUGCACUUAAAAGACUAAAUUAGCAAAUUGAGUUUUUGCUGUACCUCGCUGGGAUUUUUUUUUAACUGUUUCCAUCCUAUAUUGUUUACACUCGAGCAUCGUUUAAAUACGUACUACUUGUGCAGCAUGCAAUUCUCCUUCAUUCUGUUGGGAUAAUGCUAAUGUUAACAGAUACGGAAAGUUUUGGAAAGUGUGUGGUAUCCUAAUGGAUAUGACAUGAGUUUGGGGGAGGGAGGAGAGGAAACUUAGAUCCAUUAGUGUAUUUUUCCAUUUAAUUAUGCACACAUUUUCGCAUUAGCUGAGGCUAAAGGAACUGAACUUACAUUUGAAUUGUAAGUAAAACUACUGGUUUGGGGGUGGGAGGAAACAAAGGAGGGGUUUGCAGAACUGCAGGCGAAAAUACCCGUUAGUUGUGCUGCAGUGCGAUUGCCUUGACUGCCUACGCAAAGUAUAACCCGAGUGUGAUCCAUCAGACCCUUCUGUUAUUGCUCGGAUUUUACUUUCUGUUCUCGAGGUGUUACUGUAAGCUUGCUAAGUAGAACCUUCCCAGAAAUGUUUGUCAACUGACGCUUCAGUUUUACCAUUUUAUGGUUGUAUUUUAAAUUUUUGUUCUUGGUUCUGUUUCAUAAGAGAUCCCACGUUGUUCAUAAGUUAGUAUUAAGUGCAAGCUUUUAGGCGUAGUAACAAACGAACAUUGCAUGCUACCAUGUAUUCUCUCCUAACUGAAGAAAAAUGUGCAAUUUUAAUGGCACUUUGACCUAUUGCUGAAACACUGGGUUUUGCAAUGGAACAAACUCUCAACAAAUGAAAACACUCUGCGUCUGUUAGAUGUCUUCAAAGUGAAAAAGGCAGUUACUCCAAUUGUACCCACAGAUAAUUUGGUAUUGAUUUUUUUUUUUUUUUUGAGGGGAAAAAAAAAAAAAAAGGUUUAUGAUCUGUUACUAGAAAAAUACACAUCUCUUGGUUUACUUUAGUUGCCAUAAAUUGCCCAGUGCAGAGUCUGGUCCACCUCCAUCCAUUUGUUUUCAUGGAGUAGUUGCACAUAAAAUUCUAACAGCAAAGCAGGAAAGCUGGUUGGUUGCUACCAGUAACCUCCCUUGCAGAAUUGCUUUGUGGCUCACACACAGUACAAAAAGGGACAUGAGAAUUUUCCUGGAUUAAGUAGCACUCGCUUCGUUUACGUGUUCAGUAUAAUGUUGGGUGACUAAAGGGAGGUUCCCUUUUUAAAGUAUUUGACUUGUGCUUUGGGGACUUAGUUGCCACUGUGCAAAUUGUGCUGUAAUAUUGUACCAAGGAUCAGUGAAAGUGUUUUAUCUUUUUUAAUGUCGUUUGUAUUUGACCGGGUUUUAUAAAUGUAAGAAAACAGAGUGUUGUAUUUUGAUCUGAAAUUUGCGUAUGGUAAAAGUAACUUUGCUUUAUGUAUUGGAGGUUUGUUCAGAACUUGAAUUAUUUUAUAGAAGGGUACAGACCAAAAUUAAUUGUCUUAAAGGUGUUUAAUAAACUAACCAAAUAAAACAUUGAUGGUUUGAAAACUUGUUAA